GAUUCCUCGAGAGAUUUCUGUUUUGAUCGUCUAUGCAUAAUCGAAUAUGGUCAGAUUACGGACACUGUCUUGGCCAAUAGCCCUACUACUCCUGACGCUCAUCGCGCUCGCGACAGCCGAACCAGAACGGUACCUAUACACUCGCUCUUCGUCUUUGGACGCAUUGGGGAUACGACAAGAUAGCUCCAGUGAAACAGCAACAGGUGGCGCCGAAUCGAAGAAGAGGGCAAAGCAACCGGAGUACGUUGCGCAUCCAGCCGGGGACCUGGUCUGUAGACCUUUUGGCGAAUGCUCGCCGUGUCCCAAAGACGAGCUCGACCAGGCAUUCUGCUUCCCCUUUGGCAAUCGCAGGCUUUUGCACUGUCUACCUUCCAACUCUUCUUCCGCCUCAGCUUCCGACGGAGGUCAGCAGGGCGAAGUGCCAGCUUGGGAAGCGUGCGGCAAAGUUGUGAAGAAGGAACGACAGGAUUUCUACGAGUUCGUUACGACGAAUGUCCUUUUCUUGGUGUUCGCUUUGGUGAUUCUUUGGGGCCGCACGAGCGCGUUGGCAGCCCAACAGUAUAGACAACUAGCGGCCAGAAUAGGGAUACCGGCAGGGGGCUGGGUUGGAGGGGGAUGAGCUGGUCAUAGUUACCGGGGUAUGUUGGAUCUUCAUGAUGUCACGAACGUUUACG